CAGUGGCUUUGUCAAGUCAUACGGCUCCUACAGCUUCGUUAUAGCUCGAGGCUUUGGUGUGUCGUUAUGGAAGUUCUAACUUGAUAAUAGAACUAGAAAAAAAACUUAACUCACGACGAGGUCUUCAGUAGGAAAGAAUAAGACUGACUCCGUACGCGUUAUCACUACGAUAGCAUAAUUCUUAAUACUUCUGUGAUAUAGGUUCUUCUCUCCCAGUCGUCCUCACUCCAACGCCAAAAUGUCGAAAUCUAAAACAGUCAGCGUCCGCAUCACGACGAUGGACGCCGAGCUGGAGUUCUCGAUCAAGCCCAGCACGACGGGGAAGCAGCUCUUCGACCAAGUGGUUCGAACGAUCGGGCUCCGCGAGAUCUGGUACUUCGGGCUUCAGUUUACGGACAGCAAGGGCUUCACGAGCUGGCUGGUUCUGACCAAGAAGGUACUCCAACAAGUGGGUAAGAAGCAUGACAAUCCCAUCCAGUUCAAAUUCCGCGCCAAAUUCUACCCAGAGGACGUGAGCGAGAUUAUCCAGGAGUCUACUCUGCGGAUGUUCUACCUGCAAGUGAAGAACGCCAUCCUAAGCGACGAGGUCUACUGCCCGCCCGACGCAGCCGUGCUCCUCGCCUCUUACGCCGUGCAGGCAAAGUACGGCGACUUCAACCAGGACUACCAUAAGCCGGGUUUCCUCGCCAACGACCGUCUUCUCCCCCAGCGCGUGUUGGACCAGCACAAGCUGACUCGUGACGCGUGGGAGGAGAAGAUUGCCACGUGGCACAAGGAGCACAAGGGUCGUAUCAGAGAGGAAGCUAUGCUGGACUACUUGAAACUGGCCCAAGACCUGGAGAUGUACGGCGUCAACUACUUCGACAUAAAGAACAAGAAGGGUACGGACCUCACCCUUGGUAUUGACGCCCUGGGCAUCAACGUCUUCGAGCGAGGUGACAGACUGACCCCGAAGAUCGGCUUCCCUUGGUCCGAGAUCCGGAACAUCACCUUCCACAACCGCAAAUUCAUCAUCAAACCCAUCGACAAGAAAUCGCCGGACUUCGUCUUCAACUCGUCCCACGUCCGGAUCAACAAGACGAUCCUAGCGCUGUGUAUGGGCAAUCAUGACCUCUUUAUCCGGCGUCGUAAAGCUGACACGAUCGAGGUCCAGCAGAUGAAGAUUCAAGCCCGGGAGGAGAAGAUGUCCAAGAAAAUGGCCGUGGAGAGGCUCGCUCGAGAAGUGUCCCUUCGAGAGGAGGCAGAGAAGAGGCAGAAGGACUUCGAGGAGCGCCUCCAAAGCAUGAACAAGGAGAUGGAGAUGCGGCAGAAGGAACUCCUCAAUGCCCAAGAGACGAUCCGCCGCCUGGAGAUACAGCUGCGGGAACUCCAGGAGGCUAAGGACGAGCUCGAGGCGAAGCAAAGGGAGCUGCAGACGAUGAUGGCGCGGCUGGAGGAGACCAAGGAGAUGGAGGCCGGCGAGAGGGCAAGGUUGGAGGAGGAGAUCAAGCACAAGCAGGACGAGAUUUCGCGCAUUCAGGACGAGGUCAGCGUCAAGGAUGAAGAGACAAGGAGACUUCAGUCUGAAGUGGAAGAGGCUCGGCGGAAGGAAGAGGAAGCGACGCUGGCUCUGCUGGCGGCCUCGACGGUUCAGAGGGUCUCCAAGGUCUCUUCCUCCUCCUCCUCCUCCGACUCCGAAGAGGAAGUGCAUCGCCCUAAGACCCCCGUGGUCGAGAAGGUCGAGGCCGCCCUUGCCCAGAGUGCGUACAACGGCAACGAUUUCUUUGAACCCGAGGUCCAACGCCGAAGCAGCAGCUCCUCCUCCGAGAGCCACACCAUGGCACCGGUCAACGUCGAGCCAGAGCUUCUCGAGAUCCAGGAGCCCAAGGAGGAUGAGGCUGCCAUCAGGAGGAUGAAGCUGCUGGAGGACGUGAAGCAGUCCCUGGCAGCUGAGCGCAAGCCCGACCAGCUGACAGUCCUCGACAAAAUCUACAACGCUAACAUCAGCAAAGGCAACACCAAGUACAAGACGCUGCGGCAGGUGCGCCAAGGGAACACCAAGCGACGUGUCGACCAGUUCGAAAACCUUUAAUUUUCUUUUUUUCUCUUCUUUUCUUUUUUUUCUGUUGUUUACGAAUUCUCAGACAAGAUGGGGUUGCGAAAUAAAGGCUUUUGAUUGUUGAGAAUCUGUUUCCUUGCGUCGCGUGAACCAAUUCGAGAACAUACAUUUAUAUAUAUGUGUGUGUGUGUAUGUAUAUAUAUAUAUAUAUAUAUAUAUAUAUAUAUAUAUAUAUAUAUAUAUAUAUGUACACGCAAUUUUCUCCUGAUUGUAGAGAAAUAGGGAAAAGUGAUAAUUAAUGUUUUCUUUUUAACCAUUAUUGUUAUAGUUAUAGCAAUUAUCAUUUUUCCUUAGUUAUUGACUAAGCUUUUGCUUUUCUUUUCUUUUUUUUUAGUUACUAGUUAUUAUUUUUUUCUUUAUGUUUCUUGGUAUGAUCCAUAACAUGUAGAUUUUUAAGUAUACAUAUGUUUAGUUAAGCUUAAUAUUUGGUUAAUAUGAUAGAGAUGUAACAUGUAUAAAAUGUGAAAUGUAUUAUUUUCUCCUCUUUAUGGUAUGUUCCAAUAAUUUAAUUCAUAUCUUUUUUGUAUAGAUCAGCAGGUUUUUAAGAGAAAUAAGAUAUACUGGUUAUUCUGCAGUGUUGACUGUAUCUGAGUAAAAUUUCUUUCUUCAUUUUACAAAGUAAUUAUAUAAUGUAAUUGAAGGGAAUACCUGAUUACUUACUAAAGAUGUGCAUAUUAAACUAUAUUUUUAUCAUAGGCAAGUUCGUAAUUUGUAGAAAAUAGUAACUGACUGAUUUGUAGUCAUCUAAUCUUAUGUUUUUUUCUGACAAUUUCUUAGCUGCUCAUGUUGUAAAAAGGUAGUGAUGAUAAAAGAAUGGAUAAAUUAAUGAAAAUAAAAAAGAAAAAAAUCUAUAA